AGGAAUGGAAACGACAGGAGUGGUGAUCUUGCUGCUUCUGGCACAAUCGACACUUUCACUGGGCACCACCAGGGAAUACCACCUGGUGCAGCUGUUGAAAAACUGGACUGAAGCUCAGAGUUACUGUCGGGAGCAUUUUGUUGACCUGGCAACCAUAGAGACGGCAGAGGACUGGGACAGAGUGAAAACAAUAUUUGAUAGCAGUGGCCAACGUGCAUGGAUAGGACUUUAUAAUGACGUUAAGGAUUGGAAGUGGUCAUUGAAUGAUACAUAUCUCUACAGAGAUGGCAACACUGAAGUUCGAGAUUGGUUUGGUUCAGAUUUUGACAACUACCAAGGUUUGGAGUGGUGUAUGGAAAUGCAUGGAACAGGAGCUCUAAAUGAUUUGGGCUGUAAUUAUCUUAGAAGGUCAAUGUGUUAUAAUGAGUCCACCAAUGAGCACAUCCCAGUUACAGAGCCUAUGACCUGGGUUUCAGCUCAGCAAAACUGCAGGGACAAAUACACAGACUUGACCAGCAUAAGAGACGAGCAAGAGAGGGAGAAGAUCAGGAUUCCCAUGAUGAAAGUGCUGAAGGUUGUAGUGUCGUCUGAAGGAUCUGUGGACCUGAAUGAUCCUCUAGUGCAAGAAGCCCUUUUGAACCAUAUGACGAAACGUAUGAAGGACAGCAGGAUCCCUCAGAAGUUCAGACUGAGUUGGAGGAAGCAACCAAAUGGCAAAGUCUUUAAUUAG